AUGAACAAAGAGGGCGUCAGUGGUGAAAUCGAGUCUCAUCGUGAGAGUUUGAUCACAAGUAAACAAGCACUGAUUGUGACUCCACCAGUCGACUCUAUCGCUUUGGUUAAUGAAAUGGUGCAACUAAACUGUAGUGUCUCGGAAGCCUACGGACCUAACGUAUAUUGGUUCAAUUCUGGCACAUUUCCGAUUACAACUGAUAAAACACCCAAAUAUGGCAAAGCAGACAAGUAUAACAUAACUGGUGGAGAACUGGAUUACAAUUUAGUGAUUUACGAUAUUACGUUACAAGAUGAAGACAUUUAUAAAUGUGUACGUGACCCGUAUGAAGUAGUUGCAAAUUUAUAUGUUGUCGCUAACGCAAGCAAAUGCUCAGUACAAAAUAAUGUAAUUAUUACUGGAGAAGAGGUAGAGUUUUACUGCACUAUAGACUUAAAUAACGAUGCCCCUGGUGACUUGGUGUGGUAUGCAGACAAUAUAGAAUACGCACGUAGCAGUAAUAGACCCAGUACAUGGACAGCGACACUGAAUAAAACACACAAUGGAGUUGAAUUCUACUGUCGAUUUGAACAUUACACACUCUCUCAGGAACAAUGGGAUAGCACGGCUUGUAAAGACAAGAUAAUCAUCCUCGCAGAAUACGGUCCAGAUGUUUCAAUUGAGGAUAACAGUGAUGGAAGAGUAAUCGAGGGUGAUACUUACACGGCAAAGUGUAUGGCAGAUGCUAACCCGUUCGCAAAUUUAGAGUGGUUCAAAUAUCAGAGAUUUAAUAGCAAUGACUCUAACCUUACACUAGUUAAUGUUGAAAGAUGGCAAGAAGAUCCACCUACUGUGGAGAUAUCGACGGUUAAUGUUCAUGAAGUUGGUGAUAAUGUGACACUUAAUUGUAGUGUCAUGGAAGCCAAUCCGAUGACAGACAACAUAACGUGGUAUAGAAAUGGUCAAGCUGUACAUUAUUCUGCAGUGUAUACUCUGUACAAUAUAACAUGUGACGAUAAAGGCGAAUAUGAAUGCAGAGCAACAAAUAUAUAUUUCGACAAUAGUCUUGGAAUAGGAAGUGACACAACGAACCUACUUGUCCAGCACAAACCCACAGUCAUCAUUUCCAGUCACAAUAAUGGUAAUGUUAUUGAGGGUCACGAUUACACAGCAACAUGUUCAGCAGAUGCAGAACCACAAGCCACACUGACGUGGAUCUAUCCAGACGGCACAGAGUUCAACAACGGUAAUCUAUUACUGAUUGACAUUGACAGACAUAGCAAUGGAACAUACAUUUGUGUUGCUGAAAAUCAACUUGGGAACGGUGAAAGAGGAAGUGGCAUGAAAUCAAUUUAUGUAGAUGUACAAUAUCCACCCACAGUAUCCGUUGUACCUGUCAUAACCUGUAUGGAGGGUGACACCGUUACAAUGACGUGCAAUGUAACAGAUUCAAAUCCACCUGUCGAUACUAUUCAAUGGUUUAAGAAUGAUGCAUUAAUGCACAGCGAUGGAACGUAUACGUUCGACAAUAUCACUAGAAAUAACACGGGAGAAUAUAAUUGUACAGCGACAAACACUUAUUUUGAUGACAGUUCCGGAGUUGGAAGAAGUAUUACUAACAUAUACGUACAAUAUAAACCUGCAGUCAUCAUUGCCGGUCACAAGAAUGGGAAAGUUAUAGAAGGUAACGAUUACAUUGCAACAUGUUCAGCAGAUGCAGUACCACAAGCCACAAUUACGUGGAUCUAUCCAGACGGCACAGGGUUCAACAACGGUAAUCUAUUACUCAGUGCUAUUGACAGAUACAGCAUCGGGUCCUACACGUGUGUCGCUGAAAAUCGACUUGGGAACGGUGAAAGAGGGAGCGACACAAAGUCAAUUAAUGUAGAUGUACAAUACCCGCCCACAGUAUUCGUUGUACCUGAGAUAACCUGUAAGGAGGGUGACAUAGUAACACUGAAGUGUAAUACAUCAUUUGUUGAUGUUAACGUAACUUAUGAUGAACAUGAAGGACCAGCGCAUGACCGUGUCGUUGAGAAUAACCUUCAAACAAAGGGCGAACAUGUGUACGCUUCGCUUACGAAAACACAAUCAGCAGAAAAUAUCUACACAAACCUCCAUGAAAAGGUUUGGGAAUUUCCAAGAGAAAAUAUUGUGAUAAACGAGAUAAUUGCUAAAGGAUCAUAUGGCAACAUUGCUAAAUCAGAAGCAUGGAAUAUUGCAGACACACGUGGGAGUACUACAGUUGUAGUAAACAUAUUUGAAGAAAACCCAAUUGAAGAUGAAAGAAUCACACUUCUGAAUGAUGUGGAUAUGAUGAAAUCGCUUGGCUCGCAUCCAAAUGUCGUCGAUUUAUUAGGAUAUUGCACGAUAGACGAUCCAAUUCUAUUAAUAUUUGAAUACAUGCCAAACGGGAAUUUACAAAAGCGUCUUCAAAAUUCACGAGAAUUGGAGACAUCGUCAUACGUCAAUUUAACUACGAGAAGAAACACACUGACAAACUACGAUCUUCUUAGUUUUUCUUAUCAGUGUGCAAUGGGAAUGGAGUUCCUUGAGUGGAAGAAGUACAUGCACUCUGAGUUAGCUGCACGUAAUAUAUUGAUGAAUAACAGAAUGAUUUGCAAAUUAUCAAGAAUUGGCUUAGCGAGAGAUGUUGGUGAUAAAAAUCGUAAUGAUACAAUCACUCAGAAGCAUCUAUAUGCAAAGUGGAUGUCACCAGAAACCUUACUAGAAAACGUGCAUACAAUCAGAAGCAAUGUUUGGUCGUUCGGAAUUUUACUAUGGGAAAUAUUUACAUUAGGUUGUGAACCCUACCCAAACAUAUCAGUACCAGAAUUAAUAGAAUCACUAGGUAAAGGCCAUCGAAUGCCUAAACCCGGACAGUGUGACACGCAACUGUAUUCUUUGAUGUUAAAGUGUUGGAAUGUUAAUCCUUCUCAUCGACCAACAUUCAAGGACAUUGUGGAUAAUAUAAAAACGUGUCUGGAUGACGCCAAGUUUGGUAGUGUAUUCUGCGUACAAUCAUUCCAAGGUUAUUUUAUUGACCAACGUAUUAACUGA